GCUCGUCUUUUUCUGCUGCCUCAUUCAUUGAAUUUCAUUCCAUCGACCGGCCCUAUCCGAUAGGAUUAUUCUUUUUGCGUCCGAAAUUUCGGUUGAGUGCUGAAUUUUGGACAUCAUCUUUGUUCGGAUAACAGUAUUGUAGAUUGCUUCCGUAUUAAGCUCCCUCGGAUAAAGCUGCCUGCCGCGACCAGCGCAACAUUACCAUGGCGUCCUCUGGUCAGUCAUCCCGUAAUCCGGAGUCCCAGCCGACCUUGUAUCAUGGCAGUGUCGGGGAUGUGGUGCGCCUGCGCGCAAACAAUACAGAAGUAAAGGUCACAUCACCGGCGCCUGUCCUGCAGUACCAGGUGGAGUUCGAUCCAGAGCCAGGGUCACGUGGUCUGCGCUGCGCGAUCGUGCAAGCGCUGGCGCAGGUGAAACAGUGGUGGCAGCACACCUUCGUCUUCGACGGGCAAAGUCUCCUAUACGCGAGCCCCGCCGGCGCGGAAAUGAUUAAGCAGGAAUGUCAUGAAUCUGUGGAGUUCGAUGGUCGGCAGACGGGUGUGCAGGUCUACUGUACCGGUACUCUCAGGCGGAAAAUCCGCAGGUACUGGCUAUGCUGAAUUCGCAGCUGAAAGGAUUUCAGGAGAAAGACCUGUAGAUGAGCCGUAUUCGCGAUGCCUGCUAUGAUCCGGACAAGAAAGUACAGCCGGCGGGCUAUCAGGGACGGGUCGAAAUCUGGCCUGGGAUAGAGACCUCGAUCGGCCGGUGCGAGGGCGACGAACUGCUGAUGCAGAUCGAUCAGCGAUUCCUCGCUGCGCGAAAGGAGACGGCGUUAGACGUUUUGCGCCGUGUGAUGUUGAAGCACAAAGAUGAUGGUGAGCUGCUCGGCCGAACGGAGGUGGCCAAAGCGCUGAUCGGUCAGGUUGUCGUUACCCCGUAUAACAACCUGACGUACCGUGUGGAGAGCAUCGACUGGGCUACAGCGCCCGUGUCUCUUUCUACCGUCUCUGGUCCCCAUGGAAAAAUGACGUUUCAGCAGUAUUUCGUGCAGCAUUACGGCGCCGCUGGUCAUAUCACGGACCUGCAGCAGCCGCUCCUGGUAUCCCAACCGGCCAAUCGAGCGCUGCGCCGUGCCGGGACCCACGAGAUCCGCCUGGUUCCCGAGCUGUGCCGGAUGACCGGCUACACAGAGCAGAUGCGGUCCGACGUCCGGAUGAUGCAAGCGGUUGCAAGACACACCAAACUGGACCCACCACGACGCAAGGCCGCCACGGAGGCCUUCAUCCAUCGUCUGACUACGAAUAGUAAUGUCCAGCAAACGAUUCAUGCGUGGGACGUUGAAUACGGGAAGGAGCUGGUGGGGGUGGAAGGGCGACGCUUGCGUCCACCACAGUUACAGCAGAGCGGGAAAGAGUUUUCCUACGAUGCCGGGAAGGCCGAGUGGGGCCGGGAGGUGCGUAGCCACCCGUUGCAGCAGACGGUCACGCCGGUGCGCAGCUGGUUGGUACUGGUCACCGAGCAGCACCGCGCAAAUGUAAUGGGUUUUGUUCGUCUCCUGCUGGAUGUCGCUGUCGGAAUGGGCGUCCACUACAACCAACCCGAACUAGGAAUCGUGACGGAUGCUGUGCAAUCGUACAUCGAGCGGGUGGGAAAGGACCCUCGUGUUUUGGAUUUGGUACUGGCGGUAUUCGCUACGGACGACGAGCAGCGGUACAGCGCGUUUAAGCAGUUCAUGUCCUGUCACCGUGGCAUUGUCUCCCAAGUUGUGUUGGCCAAGACCAUCAGAGGACAGCCGGGCACACUCCGCAGCGUGGCAACCUCCCUUUGCCAGCAGAUCAACGCCAAAAUGGGAGGCACCAGCUGGAUUCUGAACUUUGGGUUUGAAUCGUAUCCGAUGGUGGUCGGCAUCCAUUGCCACGCGGAUCACCGGGAGCAGAAGACGGUGGUGGUGGCCGCGGCGACGUACAACCGCGACCUGGCCCAGUAUCACAACGCCGACCGCUUCGUCGACACGGACGAGCAGGCCAUGCAGUCGGUCGCGUCGCUUAUUCAGGAGUGCCUAGAGAAUUUCCGGGCGAAGAACGGGGCAUAUCCGGCUGAUGUCCUGCUAUACCGCGGCGCCAUCUCUGACGGACAGCUUAAGAAGCUGAUAGACACGGAAGUUUCCGGUGUGCGCAGCGUUAUCGGUGGACUCUCAACUAACAAGAAGAUUGCGUUAACAUACAUGGUGGUCAGCCGGAAUGUCGGUACGCGGUUCUUCCAGGAGAACGGGAAGACCGUGGGCAACCCGUUACCGGGUACCGUCGUGGACCGGGUCGUCACCCGGGCGGACCGACGCGAUUUCUUUGUCGUGGCGCAGAACGUUCGGGAAGGGACAGCGUCACCGACGUACUACCAUGUCAUUGUGGAUGAUGCGGGUCGCAAGAUGGACGAUCUGCAGCUCAUGACGUACCGAUUGUGCCAUCUCUAUUACAACUGGCAGGGCCCGAUUUGCGUCCCGGCUGCUCUGAUGUGUGCCAAGAAGCAUUCGCAGCUCAUCGCCCACAACCUGCAUCAGUCGCCGGCGACGUCAUUGCGCGACCGUAUGCACUUCCUGUAGAUCGAGCGUCAAGGCGUCCAUCCCCCGGAACCCGGCCGGGAAAUUGUAUCCACCCCGUCAGCUCGCUGCGUGUGUAUCCCCGGAAUAAGUUUGGAGCAGAUCCUUUUGUUCUACGGUUGCGGCUGGAUGUUGCUGUUGUAAUAGGUGGUUACAUCACCUUUCUUUGCAAUGUGUUCUUCGAUCUGGUCAGUUGUCGAUAUGUACGAGCACAGAAUAUGGAUUUAUGUUCGCUUGACCAGUGAAAUUUGUUAGUUGUUAGUGCAGUGAUGCGGUUGAUUAUGGAAUGAGCAGGUUUAGUAGCUUCGUUCGCUGUGAUUGAAGAUUCUUGGUGAAUUCUAGAUUAUAGAAUUUAUUUUUGGUUGAAC